AUCUACAUAGGCGUCGUCGACUUGUACUCUUACCGAAAUACUUUGAACUUCCAUGACUUAUCAAGGACACUGCGACUGACUCGCUUUCUUUGCAGUAUCGUUUCUCAUGGUUUAUGUCGAACGGUGUAUCAGUGGACGCUUCAUGUAUUCAAUGAAACGCUCAGUCCAAAGUUUUUUUUUUUUUGAAUUCCAAUGCUUUUCCAGCGCUUACGCAUUGGCCAAAAAUAUGAGUCUCUAGCGUUCUUGUUGCCAGCUGUUAUCGCUCUUCGUCCACGGAAAGGAAGGGGUCACCGGUCAUGUCUAGUACCCCGCCAGUUCUUCCCCCGGAGCUGAUCGACCAGGCGAUCGACCACUUAUGGGAUGACCACGAAGCCCUGGAGGCUUGUAGUCUGACCUGUCGAAGUUGGGUCCCAACAAGCCGUCUUCAUCUUUUCCGUACUGUCCGAGUGCGGAGUGCUGAUGAUUGUACAAAGUUAUCGGCUCUGCUGGACGCUUCACCCGUUAUUGCUCAUUGCGUUCGUAAGCUCACCGUUAGUGCCGAGUACAAGGGUGUCGAUUCCAACGGACGGGCAUGCGAGGACGACGCUUGGGUUAACCAGAUGUCCACUCUACUGUCAAAGCUUUACAGAGUCCACACGCUAGCGCUAUCCAGGGUGAAGUGGAGUUCACUUCUGCCAGAGACCAAGAGCGCGUUCGCGGUUGUGUUCAAAUCAGUCAAGAUGCUACUUCUAUUCGAGGUACGAUUCGAUGCAUCAGGCGACGUUCUAGGAUUUCUCUUCGAGUUCCCUAUCCUAUCAGAGCUCUACUUCCACGGUGUAUCUUGGGAUCGUGAGUCACCUGCCUCACAGGUCUCGGACACUGGCGGCCGUGUUGCGAAAUGCAUGGGCCUUACAUAUCUAUUCCUCGACCCUAAAUCCUCGCCAACAUUAGUCACGGAAUGGCUUCUGAAUCGUGCUUCCGAGCAACGAUUGAGAACCAUUCAGCUGUGCUGGAGAGAAAUAGAGAAUACUCGUGCCAGUGAGUCUGAGCUGGAGUGUCUGAGGAUUGAGUUCCCUUUCGGAUUAUCAGAGGAAGGUGAGCAGCAUCCUAGUCUAUCACUUUCGUUACUCGUAUCAACGACGCUCGCCAUCAUAGUAUUACUGCAGAACCAGUUGACGCUCUCUCACAAUACCGGGUUGCGCACACUUCACUUUGGCGGUCUCGAUGUUUCCGCUGCCGCGACGCAAACACUAUUUUCAAACCGCCUUUUCACGUGGGUAGCAGUCAUGCUUGGCCAGAUUAGCUCUUCAUCACUUCGCGAAGUCAUCUUCGAACUGGAACUUCCUGACGUUUGCGAUUUGCAAUCGCUGGAUUGGCUCAGGAUCGAUCGAGAACUUUCUAGACGCGAAUUCAACGGUUUGCUAUUGAGGUUCUACGUAAACUGCACCAGGAGGGAAUGCGGCUCAUCCCUGGAGGGUGAGGUGCGCAGGGAGCUUGAGUCACGGUUGCCCAACUUCCUGGGAAGAGGUACCCUACGUGUUUCCUGCUUGUGAAUGUCCGUUGCAGGUCUGCUGGGGUUUACAGCUGCUUCCAUGACACUCUUCACAUAUGUUUUGUCUGCUCAUAAUUUAUGAUGAUCUAGAUGUUGUAUUAGAGGUUGCGAUACAUUACUUUUAGGGCUAAUUGUUCGUCUUGUAACCAUAGAGCGGUACUGGUGUCUUACUAUGUAAUUUAUAGCUUCUCCCGUUGGUUAUAUUGUCUGAAC